GGGAAAUCCAGAGAACGGGAGCAGCGCUGCUAUACGGGACUCUCCUGACUGCCUAGCCUGGCUUCCACUAGGAUGACCCAAAGGAAAGGAGCCAUUCCCCUGGCAGUGCGGCUGCUGCUGCUCCCAUGGGUGAUGGUGUGCCCUGCAGCCAGGUGCUCUUUGAGCCCGGAGGGAGCAGAGCCCAGUGAUCCUGAACUCCUAAAAUGCCCUGGUGUUUGUGCCUGUAGCUAUGAUGACUACAGUGAAGAGCUCAACGUAUACUGUAGCUCCAGAAACCUCACUCAGCUCCCCAAUGUCCUGCCUGGCACCACCAAGGCUCUGUGGCUGGAUGGCAACAACUUCACCACUCUCCCCACAGGCGCCUUCAAAAACCUCUCCGGCCUGGAUUUUCUCAACCUGCAGAGCAGCCAGGUGGGCAGCCUGGAGCCGCAUGCUUUCCAUGGACUCAGGGCCCUGUAUCACCUACACCUGGAACGAAACCGACUGAAAUAUCUUGCCCCCAACACCUUCCUGCACACCCAAAACCUGGUCUCCCUGAGCCUCAACAACAAUUACUUCAGCAAGGUGGAAGAGGGCCUCUUUGCUGGGCUCUCCAACCUCUGGGACCUGAAUCUCGGCUGGAACUCACUGGUGGUUCUCCCAGACACACUGUUCCAUGACCUGCCCAACCUCCGAGAGCUCAUCCUGGCUGGUAACAAGCUGGCUUACUUGCAGCCCCAGCUCUUCUGCAGCCUCACUGAGCUCCGAGAGCUGGACUUGAGUGGAAAUGCUCUUCGGAGCAUCAAGGCCAAUGUCUUCAUCAAGCUGCAGAAGCUGCAGAAGCUCUACCUGAGCCACAAUCUCAUCAGCACCAUUGCACCCCGUGCUUUUCUAGGCCUCAGGUCCUUGCGCUGGCUGGACCUGUCUCACAACCGCAUCAGCGUCCUCUUUGAGGAGACCUUCCUGGGCCUCCUCAGUCUGCACGUCCUGCGCCUCUCCAACAAUGCCAUCACCAGCCUCCGGCCCAGGACCUUCAAAGACCUGCAAAUCCUGGAGGAGCUGCAGCUCGGGCACAACAAGAUCAGGAGCCUUGGGGAGAGGACAUUUGAGGGUCUGGGCCAGCUGGAAGUCCUCACCCUUAACCACAAUCAGAUCCAGGACAUCAAGGUUGGGGCAUUCCCUGGCCUCUUCAAUGUGGCUGUGAUGAACUUGUCCAGCAACUGCAUCAAAAGCCUCCCUGAGCAGGUCUUCAAAGGGCUCAGUAAACUGCACAGCCUUCACCUGGAGAGCAGCUGCCUUAACAGGGUCCAGCGGCAUACCUUCUCUGGCCUUCCUGGUUUACGGAGACUCUUCUUGAAGCAUAACAGCAUCUCCGAGAUCGAGGACCAGAGCCUGAUGGAACUGAAUGAACUCUUGGAGUUGGACCUCACGUCCAAUAUGCUGAUGCUCCUCUCCAGCCAGCUCUUCCAGGGUCUCAAGAACCUGGAGUACCUGCUUCUUUCCCACAACCGGCUAACGGAUCUCUCCCCAGACACCUUCAGCUCCCUCCAGCAUUUGUUCUGGCUUGAUCUUUCCCACAACCACAUAGAAACCAUAACCGACGGCCUGUUUGCACCUUUGGGGAACCUCAGGUAUCUCAGCCUCAAGAACAACUCUCUGAGGGCCUUCUCUACCCAGCUCCCAGCCCUGGAGCAGCUGUGGCUGGAAGGAAACAAGUGGAACUGUAGCUGUUCCCUAAAGGGGCUGAGGGAUUUCUCCCUGCAGGAGCCCAGCGUGGUACCCCGCUUUGUCCAAGCCAUUCAAGAGAGGGAUGACUGCCAGGCUCCUGUGUAUACCUACAAUAACCUCACCUGUCAGAGUCCCCCAGAAGUGGCUGGCCUUGACCUGCGUGACAUUGGAGAAGACCACUUUGCUCACUGUUAACCCCAUACCCAACUUCCCCUGAGUGGAAGCAAGAGUGUGCGAUGUCCCGUACUGUACCAGCCAAGGAAAAAUGAUGAGCCAGUCUCCUAGUGUUCAAGCAAAUGGUGUCUGAACACUUCCGAGAGCUGUGUGGUGCUCCUCAGGCCUCCUUGUGAGACCAGAGCAAAGGGAUAACUUCAUAGUUCAACUCCCUUUUUUUGCAUACUUCCAUAGCUGUUUCUCUCAACUCCAGUAGGGUGCCUUGGCCUUUGAGUGGCCAAGGUACAAACAAGUCCUUUGGACUUUGCCAUUCAACUUGGUCUUCUGUGGGUCUGGAACAGAUGGUCACUGGCCCAGUCCCCAAAAGGUCUGUGACCAGAGAGAACAGCAAAUCACAAUGGGGAAAGAGGGUGGAUAAAGCACUUUCUACUCCUAUCUGAUAAG